AUGAGGGCGCAGAUAGAGAAAGAGCUCGAAGAGCGCGUCGCCCGCGACAUCCAGAUCGAGAGGGACCGCGUGGCCGCGGAGAGCGCGGCUCUCCAGGCCAAGAUGAAAGAGUUCGAGGAGGAGCGGGAGAAAGCUGCGCUGCGAGUGGCCGCGGAAGUCAAGGCGCAGAAGGCGGCGGAAGCCGCUCUCGUCGCCAGGGAGCGCGCCGCCGCGGAGUCGAUGGCCCUUGGGAGAGCCCUGUCGGCGAAGGCGGACCUGGACGCAACAACCGCAUCGAAGAAAAUGGUCUCUUUAGAUCGCCGAGACCACCCCAGCGCCGGGACCGCCCCGGUGCCGGGAGGGUAUAUCGUCGGGGACAACGUGCAAGCUCUGUGCACCCCAGUGGGCGGAGCGACCGGCUCCAAGGAGUACAUCUCCGGCGAGGUGGCGCACGUCAACCCCGGCGGAUCCUUGGACGUUAUCCUGGCGGACGGGAGGAUGAGGCAGGAGGUGCCAGUUGCGGAGAUCAAGUUCGUCAGCAGGUCCUCUCCAUCUUCUCUGAAGCACCUCCUCGAACAAACCCAAUCGUUUGGUCAGAAGACAAGCGAGACAAAGGCACCGCAUUCCCCGGCUGAUGGUGAAGGCCUUCAGGAUGGUGGGAAACCCCGAUGGCAGACCUCAACCAACGGCAUUCUCGACGACGUUCUGGGCACCCAGUUGCGUACCGCAGAGAAGGAAGCCGCACCCGCCACGCGGGGCACGAGAGGAGAGGGCGGAGACAACGCGUCAGCGGCAGCGGUGGCGGCGGCAGGGAGCAGAGAGACGCCGAAGAAACGGGGAAGCCUGGACGACAUUCUCGGAAUAAAGGUUAACAGGCCAGACAGGAGGAGCAUCCGAAACAUCUUGGAGGAGGGGGACAGCGUCGAGNCGGUGUUGUCGCUGUCAUCAUCACCGGAGACGGAGCCCGGCGUUGCUGCCGGGUCAAGGUUGGAGGAGGACGACAGCCCCGCGGUUCUGCCGCAGGGAAGGCCGUCGGAGGAGACAACGACGACGGUCAGGGAUGCUUCCGCGGUGGUGGCGGAGCGCUUCCUGCACACUCUCCUUCCCUUGGUGGGCGUGUACGCCGGAAAGCCUGAGUUUUACCCUGGAGUGGUAACGUCGACGGAGGACGGGGUGUCCGUCAACUUCGACAAGGGCUGGCACGGCGCCAGCAUACCCCUGAAGGACGUUCGCCGCCCUAACGUUAAGCCCGGUCGCAGCAGCGACGGCAAGCCCCCGACCCUGUCCGCCGGGGCACGGCUGAGGUCCACCGGGUGCAUACUCGACCUUGACGUCGGGAGCCUCGGAGGGGACACGUUCGCCGUCGGGGACCAGGUACAAUUUCGAUUAACGCUGGGUCUUCAAGCAGGUCCCCCGCAGACUCACAACGGAGUUAUCCGUACGGCGCACCCGAACCGUUCGUACCUGGUUGGGUUUGAAGACGGAACGACGAGGGAUCAGGUGCUGGUUAAGUCUCUGACCGGCUUCGAGUGGACCCCCCACGGAUCCGAGGCCUACCGGCGCGCGGCGACCGACACUUCACAAGCAACCACGGCAGCAGCAGCAGCGGCCUGCCCAGGACAAGGGCGUGGUGGGGGGGACGGAAGCCGCGGGGCAACAACCGGUGCCGGCGCCGUCAGCCCGUUGGACAGCGGAAAACUGUCGAAGGCUCCGCCACGCGGGUCUAUGUUCGAUAGAUUCCGAUUCCCUGGCAAGAUCUUUCCCGACGGGGGCGGCCUGGGGAGGACAACAGGGGGAGGGGGAGGGGGUUCUGUGCUCCAGAGGAGGGCGACGCACGGCGGCGUGGUUGACUCCGGCGAGCCAGGGCUGAGGGUGGACGCAAACAUGAUGCACUUCAGGUCUCAGUUCAUGGACCCGGACACGGCCGCCCAGGCCAUCCUCACCCCGAACAACGCGGGGAUGUUCAGGCCGCAUGUCAUUGGCCGAGGUGGUGGUGGCCGUAGGGGGGGGCAUCGGCAAACGGCGUCGGAGUUGAGUUACAACUCGACGACGGACGAAUCUGACGCGGACAGGGAAGAGGACGGCGAUAGCAACAACAGGGCGGCGGGCCAUCGCCCCGGGGACCACACGAGGACGAAGAAGAUCGAAGGGCCUCGUUCGUCUUCCAAGGAAAACAACAACGCGGCGAGAGUUGUUCCGGUCGUUUCGACGGGAAGUGCUCCUAAGCGGCGGAUGACAUUUGGCGGAUUACGAUCCGACAAGAGGGGAGAGGUCUACAAAGAACAACGGCGGCCCAGCUUCUUGCAAGACAUUGGGCGGCGGGCAACCGAAAUGGCCGAAGCCGCCGCAAAGGCAACUCGUAGAAUCAGCAUCCACGGCAACAACGGGCAGGGAUUUGAACUCGUGGCCAUCGGGGACCGCAAGCAGAGCACCCACGAGACCGGACGGCGAAAAAGCGCCAAGAAAGGCGGCAAGGACGCCGGGGAAAAUAGCAGUGGAUCAGAUCUCUCCGAGAAUGAAACACACUUUUAUAAUCGGAGGAGGCACGUGUUUGAGCCCCAGCACACAGAGAGCGCCCCCUCGGCGUGGUGGAUCCGCACGAUCGGCGUGAUAAACCUCCUCUGCAUGGCUGCCUACCUGUGGUGGAGAAUCACGCGCUCCCUGAAAGGUGUCGACCACAUCAUCUGGGCGUUCAUCUUCCUGAGUGCGGAGUGCAUCAUGGCCAUCGGCAUGAUAGUAGGCCACAGCUCGCGAUCGUUCCCAGCACACCGGGAGAAGGUAUACAUGGAUGACCUGACUGAUAUCGACGAGGCAAUUGGGGCGCUCAAGGUGGCCGUGCUAAUCCCAACGUGUGGGGAGAAGACUGCCGUCAUGCUCAAGGCUCUCUUUGGAAACUUACAACUCAGGCUUUGGAAGAGUAAAAAUACUCGACGGGAUACAUUGAGAAUCCUCGUCCUUGACGAAAAACGGCGAGAAGAGGUGCAGAAGCUCGUCUCCUUAGUCUACACCCUGUCAGAGGUGAGCAUCCUGCUGCAGAGCGGCACAGUCUACGUGCGUGGAGGUCUAGCCAAAAAGUCAAAAAUCGCGCCAAACAUUCACCGCGUUACGCGGGACCAAACCCUUCGCUCGUCCACCUCGCCGAAGGUCGUCCUGGACAAAACUGUCCGUGAGAUUCUCAUGCGAGAGGGCGUGGUGCCGAUCUCCGCCAAGGGUUUUUACGAGCACUUCGCCAACGGGGAGCACGGCCAACGCAUGUACGACGACGUCAACUUUAUCCGGGGGAUCGAGAUCGUGUCAGAAAUUGACAAGCUCAUCGCGGAGAACGACGACAGCAUCUCCAGGUUCUCGCCGAGUGUGGCCAUCUCCAGGAUAAAAGAGCGCGCCCGAAGAGCGAGUUGUUUUGACCGGAAGGAAAUCCAACCUGGACAGAAAAAGGUGUGGAACCGCAAUAAGUAUAUCCCGACCAUCGUGUAUUACUCCCGCAUCGACGCCGGCCAGCCGAGGAUCAGCCCGAAGGCUGGGAACAUGAACAGGGCUAUUUUCAGCUUCAACCCUCAGGAAGAGCCACUCAUCGGAGAGGCCGCCGUAGUCGUUAUUAACGACGUCCGCCACGAGCUCUACCCCGAGUUCCUGCAGAGGACGGUGCCAUACUUCUUCACGUUCGACAGGCCCCGCCGCUGUUACAAGUGGGCCGACAUCGCCUUCAUACAGGCAUUGCGUGAAAUGUGCUUCGACUAG